CUUUCGCUUUGUUGUUGCUGGGCAGGGCAAACAAGUGUUAAAAACUAUUUGUGGUGCAAUAUCUUUAGCAAUUACCGCUCGGCGAUCGUCUUGGCCGCUUGAUUGACCACGCCAAAUAAACGGGAUUAGGGCAGCAAAAGGCCGCGGAAGCACCGAGAAUCGGUUUACCCAACAAUCAGCUUAAUAGGUAAAAGAAAUGAGCCAGCCGGAGGCCACCAAGUCGUCCACUAUCGCGGACUCGGAGCCGGACGAGGCGAAGGGCAGUGCAAAGCAGCUGCUGGAGACUUACCGCGUUUACGUGGUCACCUGGAAUGUGGGCAGCCGUUUCCCGGAUAACAUAUCGCUGCGCCAGCUGCUAGGCCUGCAGGAUGUGACGGCGUCGAAGGAUUCGGAGGUUCCCACUUCCCACCUGCCGGACAUCUACGCCCUGGGCCUGCAAGAGGUCAAUGCCCAGCUGGAGCAACAGGUGAUGGGCCUGUUCAAGGAGGAUCCAUGGACGCGCAAGGCCAAGGAGCUGCUACGCGGCUAUGACUAUGUGGCCGUGAAGACGGAGCAGAUGCAGGGACUGCUGCUCAGCAUGUUUGUGCGGCGACAGCAUGUCGAGCACCUGCAAGACAUCGAGGCGGAGUUCACGAGAACCGGCUUCGGUGGCAUUUGGGGCAACAAGGGCGCCGUGAGCGUUCGGUUCACCCUGUACGGCUGCGGCCUGGCCUUUGUGGUGGCCCACCUGGCCGCCCAUGACCAUCAGCUGGACGAGCGCAUCGAGGACUACAAGCAUAUAUUGGAGAACCAUCAUUACCAUGUCAAGCGGUACAGGGAGAUCUACGAUCACGACUAUGUCUUUUGGUUUGGCGAUCUCAACUUCCGGCUGCAGGGCGACGACUCCUCGACGGAGGUGCGGGAACUGCUGCGCGAUGAGUCCCAGCACGAGGCUCUCAUCCAGCGCGAUCAACUGUACCAGGUGCGCGAGAAAUCGCAGCAGGCCUUCCAGGUUCUGCACGAGCGCCUGCCCGCCUUUCCGCCCACCUUCAAGUUCCGCGAGGGCACCUCCGAGUACGACCUGAAGCGGCGGCCAGCCUGGACGGAUCGGAUUAUGUACGCCGUGCAGCCACUGAACAGGCAACCCGGCAUGCAGCUAUCCAUCGAGCAGUGCUCGUACAAAUCCCAUCCCGUCUACACCAUCAGCGAUCACAAGCCGGUGACCAGUGAUUUCACCCUGAAACUCUAUCCCAAUGUGCGAGCUCCAGGCGUGGUGUUCUCCCCCCUAACGCUCUGGAAGAUUGGCGACGAGAACACCGUGGAGUAUCGCAAGCAGGCGGAGUUCGAUGAGGGUCCCAACGACUGGAUUGGCAUCUAUCCGGCCGAGUACGCCAGUCUGGCGGACUAUGUUGCCUACGAGUAUGUCAACCAGGCCGAGUCGCCCACCUCUUCGGACUCCAAUCACGAGGCGGAUCCCUUUGACACGCCCUCGCAUCACCGCAGGGGUAGGCAUCAUCAUAAGAAUCGCCAGCGAUUGCGGCGACAACAGGAGGCCAAUGCCCAGGAGCAGGUGCGUCUCGAUUUCGCCGACGAUGUGGAGCUGCGGCAUGGCGAGCAGUAUCUGUUGAUCUAUUUCCGCAACACGGGAGUGAGGGGCGUGACCAGUUUGGCGGGCAUCAGUGGCGUCUUUGUGGCGGAGAAGCGACCAGGUUCGCCCCAUCGGACGAUGUGACAUUUCGACCCCCACACGGGCUAUGUGCAUUAACUGAGCCUACGAGACCGUCUUAAGUUUGUUUGUUUGGCUGUUGACUCAGCGUUACGUUUAUAUUUGUAAUUAUACAAUUAUCCAACCAAUCAUGUUUGUGUAUGUACUACCUUUCCCGCCGCCCAUUCCCAUUCCCAGUCAUCCCGCACCCGGAUUGCAUCCUGCCCCGUUUGCUCAUGUUCUUUUGGCUCUGUUGUCAUUUUGUUAUUUUUAUUUGUACGGUGUCAUGGCACUAGAUAUGCAUAUUAAACCGGUUUCGCAAAGGUUAAUUACGCCACAUAUUCGCGCUAUGACACACCCGCGCACAGUGGGUCAAAAUAAACACUUUCUUAAUUAGAUUUUCAGCCAGGUUAAUAAGCUGUUUUAGGAAAUUUUUUUGAAAUUCAGUUUCAAAUGCAAAUACAUAAAAGUUAGUCACAACCGCAAGCUGAAAAGUGAUAUUUUUGAACAUUUCUCAAGUAGAAAAUAGAAAAUCUAUUUAAUUUAAUGAUAUAUGCUUUGAUUUGUUCCAAAAAUAUUUUUUGUUUAAAUAUAAGAAUAGAGCAUGUUUCAAACUUAAUUUAUUUUUAAAAGUGCGCUUUAAGAAAAUGUAUUCACUAUGAUUCCACAAGUUAUAAUAUUUAUUAAGUAAAGUAGUGUCCAGUUAUUAUUUUAUGAAUUCUUAACAAAAUGAUAAGGUUUUCAACCUGAAACGGAAUAGACUAUAUACGAAUGACUUGAAAACGAUAAUGAUACGCCCUGUUUUCUAUUAUCUGAUGGGUAAACAUUUCAAUAAAUUAUUUAUGACCAACUCUUAACAAAUCAUAACGAUAUCUUAGAUAAGAACUGCACUUUUAUGAUAGUUGAAACAAAGUUAGACCACCAAUUAGACAUUCUAGGCAGUCUGUUUUAACCUAUAACCACCGUGCAGUGGGUUAUUUGGAGGAGCACUGGUUCCAUAAUUGGUAAGGUUUCAAACUAUUGUUACAGCCUACCAUGGGCCUUAGAGGUCAACAGGGCCCACUGUACUCGAACGAUUUGUGGUCCGAAAACAGAAAUGAUAGCAUAAAUUUAUGCCGGAUCGGUCAAUUGAAAUUCGUGUGGCUUAGUAACCUUCAACAACAAUUAGAUAACUAUUACUAUACCAUACCCACACACCCGAAGACACUUAACCAACGCACGGGAAUGCAUUUACCACAUACCCUUAUAUAUAGUAUAUACAUACGCCUUAUCAAAGUGUACAUUAAUCAAUUUACUUAAUCAAGUGAAAACAUUUACAAAUGUGUAGUAAAAUAUAUAUAUGAAUACAUAGAGCAAUUUCGCUUGUGGGAUUUCGGUUAAUGAGCAGUUGGAUGUAAUGGAAUUAGACUUGAUAAACCAAAUGUAAUGCCCAAUAAAAGUAAACUAGC